AUGAAGCGAUGCGCUGCAGCAGCAGCAUCCACCGUAACAUCGUCCACGGCAUGCCCCGCAAGUGGAGCCUCAUCCACAACGACUGUGACCAAAGUGCGUCGAUUUGACGAAAUCCCAGGACCCACGAAAUUUUCAGGAUUUUUUGGAAGGAACCGCACUCUCUUCCGAAGUAAGCGAUCGAUAGCACAGUACUACGACUGGCUUGUUGAUCUGCACAAACAUUAUGGGCCUAUAGCUAAAGUGGAUCAAGGAUUUGGCAGAGGAUGUGUCGUCCACGUGUUCAACCCAGAUGAUUUUAGAGGAUGCUCGCGAGGUGUUCGCGUCGGAUGGUCGCCAGCCGUUCAUAGUUCCACUACAAGAGACGACACAAAAAUAUCGGGAAAUGAAGGGAAUGAAUCCAGGACUGGGGAAUCUCAUAUCCGCAACGAGAGCGCUAAAAAUAAUGGUGAGGUGGAUAUGAGAAAAGUCGCAGGACGGUGGUCUCUGGAAUCUGCGGCGUUGACAGUUUUCGAAAAACGACUCAGCAUUUUCACGGAUCAAAUCGAUUGGGGAGAUAUGCUCGUCGAUUUGAAUAGAUCGAUAUUCCAGUUGUCGGCUGAGCUGAGAUUCGCUUUUCCCUUUUACCGAUAUGUUUCUACUCCAAAAUGGAAGAAAAUGGUUGCCCUGGAGGACAAAUUCUACAAAGAAGCUAAUCUACUGAUUGACGAAGCUAUUAGUAAACUACGCGGUUCAUCCCAGUCGGAAGAGGAGAUGAAAUUCGCAAGUCUUCUGAUUAAUCGGAAAGAACUUAAUGUCAAGGACGUGUCUGUCAUCCUCCUGUCGAUGUUUUCAGAUGGUCUCAGCACAACUGCUCCAAUGCUCGUCUACAAUCUGUUUAACAUAGCCUCCAAUCCAAAUGUGCAAGACGAGCUGAGACAAGAAGUGAACUCUGUCGUUGACCGUGCAGGAGAUAUUACGCCCACUCACCUCUCGAAAUUGUCAUUUCUUCGUGCCUGCAUUAAAGAGACCUUUCGACUCUUCCCAAUCGGGACGGAAAUCUCGCGUAUACCUCAGAAAGACUUGGUCUUAAGCGGAUAUCACGUACCUGCCCGUACACCUGUCGACAUAAAUACAAAUGUUCUGAUGAGAUCAACUUCGUUCUUCAAUGAUCCUCUCUCAUUCCGGCCGUCAAGAUGGUUACGCGACGGUAAUCGACACGAUUUCCAUCCUUUUUCUUUCUUGCCAUUUGGUUUCGGGCCGAGAAUGUGUGCCGGACGUCGAUUCGCUGAACAGGAUCUUCAAGUUGUCUUAUGUCGUCUUAUCCAGCACUUUCGCAUUUCGCAUCAUCAUUCCCCUAUUGAACAAACGUACGAAACUCUUUUACUUCCCAAAGGCUGCUGUGAUUUCCAUUUCAGUCAGUUGUAA